AAUUUUAUUGUUUAAUAGCUACAGCAAUUUUAGAUUGUAUUUCUAGAAUAUACGCCAGCACGCACAGCUGUAAGCGAUAAAAAAUAUAUACUAUCAAAAUUUGAUUUUCUUCGAGUGUGAUCUAAGCGAGCAACAGAAAAUAAAAAUUAUUGAAAUUCUUCGAGCUUCGCAGCGGAAUGGAUCACCGUUAUGUAAUUGGUGCCACGUUGCUCAUCCUUUGCGUGGCGUGCGUGCGGGUACAGGGUUCUACAACAACGUCAACAGAUGAUUGCAUCGACGGCCCAAGUACAUGGUACAGAGGGACGCGAGAUGUGACAGGUUCCGGAACGACGUGUCAGCGAUGGGAUACUGAUAAGCCACACAAACCAAAACACGUGCCGAAAGAUGGUGGACACCACAAUUAUUGCAGAAAUCCAGAUAACGAUUUGAGAGGAACAUGGUGCUACACUAUAAAUAACAAAACUCGAUGGGAAUAUUGCAAUAUUUCAAAAUGCCCCGAUGAUUCACUUGUUAUCUGGACAAAUUAUGAUGCCGCAUCCGAAAGUACCCACUUAUUACGUGUUCAGGCCGAUCCUGAGAUUGUCAAGCAGGAGACCGAUAAUGGUGGGUCUUUCAAUGUUACUGUUCUCACCGGGUCAAACCGUUCAAUGACAGAGUACUGGGCACUUGCAGCGGAUUACAAUAAAAAAAGAUUAUAUUUUACAGACUACAGGUCUGAAUACAUUGGUGUGUGGAGUAUGACAGAGAAAAAGGGCGAGAGAUAUUUCGAAGGAAUGGCACAUGGAGUUGAAUGUAUAGCUUAUGAUUGGAAAACAGAUAAUUUAUAUUGGACGGAUUCCGAGUUUAAAUGGGUAAUGGCUGCGGAAAACACAUUUAACUAUUACACCCCGGUUUACAGGACAGCUCCAGAUCCAGCAUAUGGGCUUGCAGUACAUUCAGUAAAACGACUGUUGAUAUUUUCCACAUAUAAAGCAUUAGGAUCUAAAAUCAUCGUCACAGACUUGGCAGGAAAAAGUCCGAAAACUCUUUUCAAGUUUCCAAACGUUUUCGACGUGACUGGAAUCACCAUUGAUUACACAGAUGACAGGCUUUACUGGACGGACUUCACUGGCUAUGGAGGUAUGGUGAUGAGCUCUCUUCUAGAUGGAACUAACAAAACUCAACAUCACUACAGGGGAGGUUCAAUUUUCUGGGGUGUCGCAGCGUACAUGGACUAUCUCUACGUCUCCGAUGUCCAUGCAAGGUACAGCAUGACAGGUGCACGAUUCUAUUCAGUCUGGAUAAUAACUAAGAGAAGAAAGCAAGUUUUCCGUUACACAUUGAGCGGAAAGCCCAGAGGAAUUGCAGUUUUUAGUCACAAUGAAGAAUUUUCGCUUGACACAGAACCUUCUUCAGGAGAAUGUGGAGGAAGCGAUUGUGGACAUCUUUGUCUCCCAAGAAUUAACGCCACGAGAUCAUGUGCAUGCUCACUCGGAUAUCAUUUGAAUCCUGUGACGCAGAAAUGCCAACCACUUCUUGUGGAAGAUGACUACUUGCUUGUCGCCGAUGCGGGACAAGGAAAAGUAUUCCAAAUACCAAUCACAGAUUCUACAAACAACGCAACUCUGCAAUACAGCAUUGUUCCACUCGGUCACAAAUGGAAAGCAGUAACCGUUGCCGUCGACCUUAACUCAAAGUAUCUGUACUGGUCAGACAAGAAAAAAUCAACUGUCAGCAGAGCAUCAGUAGAUGGAAGUCGAUACACGCAAAUAGCUUCUUCUUAUGCCAACAGCAUGAUUGUGGACCCGCAAACCGGUAACCUAUUUUACGCUGACAAUGAAAGAGACACGAUCAUUGUGUCCAAUAAAGAGGGCACCUCUAGUAGAACAAUCGUUAAGCCUGAACCAGGAAAGACCAACACCACAAGCAUAAGAAUGAUAACACAAGAUAUAAAAUACAAAUAUAUCUACUGGACGGAUACAUUCUCCAAAGAAGGAGAAGGUCAGGUAUUGCGUUGUAGAUACGAUGGAAGUGGAAAAGAAAUUGUGUUGGAUAAGCUUAAUUGGCCUCAUGCUAUUACAAUCGAUUACAAAACGGAUCUUUUGUAUGUGGCUGAAGCUAAGAGCGCCAUUAUAUACGAACUUGACCUCUUAGCAUUAUUGAAAAUUAACGACACGUCACCCAAGCAGAAGAAAUACAAACAAUAUGAUAUUUCAGCUUAUAUCACUAGGAUCAGCCCCUACAUAAUCGAUUUGAAAAUACAUCAAGGCAUGGCCUACGUCGUGGACGGAAAGAGUAGUCGUCUUGAGAGGUUUAAUCUUACUGAAGGAGCACCUUCAAUGGCACCCUAUGGACCAGCAGAAUUUUUCCGAGUUACAACACUCUCUAUAUACAGCAACAGUUUUUAUGCGAAAUUCAUCAAACCACAAAAGAAUCCGUGCGAUGGUGAUUACUGUAGAGAAAUGUGUGUACCGAUUUCAGAUACAGCCAAAAAGUGUUUAUGCCGGGACGGCAAACUCGCGCUAGGAAACAUUUGUAUAGAUGACGCCGGAAAAGCGGAUGUUGAUAUCAGCCCCCCUGUUGCACAAAACUGUCCAGACGAUGCAGAAAUUUCACUUCCAUCAUGUGCUUCAACAGCCAGCUAUUCGUGGACGACACCAACAUGGAAAGACGACAAAACAGCUGUCAGCAACUUGGAUAUUCAGGUACCAACUAUGAGAUCCCCGGCUUCAUUAGCGGCAGGAAUACAGACAUUUAGCUAUACCGCCAGAGACAAAAGUGGAAACGUGGGGUACUGUCGAUUUACCGUCAAUGUAAAAGACAACCAAUGUCCACCGGUUCCCAACGCUAGGCCAGGAAUGAGGCGAAGCGAACCUACAUGCCGAAAUCGGAUGGGCUCUGUUUUCAACGUCACUUGUAUCACUGAAGGGUAUGUCGUUUGGGUAAGCGACAGUACGGGAUAUUACAAAACUGAGCCUGUAUAUGAGGUUGUAUGCGAAAAGAGUCUCAAAUGGAAUAGCAGAAUGACGCAUAACUCAGAUUGCAGGCCACCUCCCGCGGCCACGUCAUCAACAACGAAAGGAACAUCAACAACCACAAAAACUUCUACACCCGCCUCCACUACGAAAAGGACAACCACCGCCACACAGACAACGUCCACAAAAGUAACCACGCGUUCAACAACAACGACUGCUACUACAACAUCGUCUACUACCACUCCUACAACAACAACACCAACGACUACCACCACUACUACGACUCCGGUAACAACAACUACCACUACAACAACUACCACUACAACAACACCUGCUGCGACAACCUCAUCUACGAAGGCCACAACCUCCCAACAAACGACCACUACGACACCAAAGCCCACUGCAAAAUCCACCACUACAACUAAACUCACAACGACUACGCUGAAAAAUGACAAGUCGCCCGAUACAACUGCACUUACGAAGCCUGCCUCAACUGACAAAAACGUGGAAAAUGUCGGUGGAACUGCCAAGCAAGAAAACAAGGGAUUGAGCAGUGGUGCGAUCGCUGCAAUAAUCAUCGUUGUUUUAGUCCUCAUCAUUGUAAUCGGCGUUGUUGUAUUUGUAACGGUUAGACGGAACUCGCCCUCGCUUCUCAAGUAUUCUUUCCCUCAGUUUUGGAAAUCAAAAGAAGACACCAUAGAUCUACAAACGAGCGACAGCAACCGUUACAACGUUAUGUGAAAAUACAAUUUAUCCUGUGGCAAACAAAAGCAAAACAUGCCACAGAGGAACUAUUGAAACACACUUAGCACCUAACUUCGUUUUGUGAGAAUUAUAACUCGCCUAACAUAUCUUAUUGGUCUGAUUUUGAGUUUAUAUAGCCUCUAUCUUAAUUUGGCACGCGCCACAGGCGAAUAUUAAAACCCUGGGGAAACGGGGCGGUUGAAUAGUAUGGAGUGUAAAAACGCAAUUGGGGGAAAAUAAAAGUAUUUAUAUUGUUAUAUAGAAACUUUGAAGUAUUUUGGUGAUAUUGUUGUUAAAUUUUUAUUCUUCCUUUUGCACUCCAGAAUACGCAACCGCCCUGUCUGGGCUGUUACCAAAUUAUCGUUCCCUGUCUUCUGGAAAAGCUCCGGGGAAGAUAAAGUCAAAAUGGAAUCAUCCAAUAAUGCGUACCAGAUCAUGUCUUAAAAUGGAAGUCCUGACCAACCAUCCCCCAACCUCAUUGACUUCUGUUGUCUUUGCCGAACACUGACAUAUAUAAUCAUAAAUAACAUAUUUUGUUUCUUCCACCAAAAGAACUAAUACGUUGGGAAUAAGCAUACUACUUUAGUGCUUCAUUACAGUUUAAUUUUUAUUUGUAGAAUGUGUGUGUUUUGAAUUUUAAACACGAUAUUUUAUAAUCAGAGGCUUGGUUAAAUAUUUUUGUACACUGUACCGAAAUUGCAAAUUUGUCGGCCGGGACUGAGGUUUUUCUGAAUUUAUCUUUCUGUAAUUAUACUUUCUUGAAUUUUUCAAAGCCUGAGUGCCUUUUCAGAAGUUUAUAAUAGAGGAGUAUGUAUUUUUCUAAUGUUUUUUGCACUUAGUUGCUAGAAAGUCCAAUGCACUGACUAAAACAUUUCUGCAAAGUCGUAACUAUAGCUGCUUUGUCUUUGAAAUGCCGGUUAGGCAUAACAUCAGUGAUCAUAUAGCUUUAUUGUCGAAAUAGUAUACUAUGUGCUAAAUAAUCAAUAUAUGGGAAUUUAAACCGAUGCUGCCAUUUUGCUUAAAUAAAUAUUUUUUGCUGUAUUGUA